UCUUGUUAUUUUUCUUGUUAUUUUGUUAUGUUGAAGAUGUAAGAAAUAUACAUAGUUGAAUGUUAUGUUGCCUUUAAGAGAAUGUGAGGUGGAGUUCAUUGCCGACCUAUCAGGAGAGAGACAACGUGAAGCAAGCGGAUGACGUCACCAGCGCGCGAAGAGAGAGAGAGAGAGAGAGAAAAGAGAGGAGACUAAAACAGAAAGAUCGGCAGAGAUCAUUCUGACUGAAAAUAUAACUAAUUGUGAACUGAAACCAGACAAAACGUCUAGAAAGACAUUGAUUUUCCUUCAAACUUAACUUUAUUUUGUUUCAUGAGUGAUUUUGAGCUAUUUUUGAGUGUUUUUGAACGUGAACACGGCGAUGACGCAGAUUGAGCUCAUCACCGCAUGAAACAUGGCGAGCCUCCCUGCGAAUCUUGAUUACGACGAAAUCGUCGAGCGAUUUUAGACUCUAGUUUUCCCCGGACGGAGGAAAAAAAACUGAGUGAACAGACAUCGAACUCUCUUUUCUUCUUGUAUGUGCAAUUCUGUUCAAUCCGACAGAAGAAGGCCUGGAUUAUUGCAUCUAACGUCUCAAUCGGAGCUGAUGGAAGUGAAGGAGGAGAGUGAAGAACUGAGUGAAGUGGAGGAGAAACAUCAUGACAAACCUGGAAAAAAACCUUUGAGUCACUCAAAGACUAAAAAGACAUUUAUAAAGAAAAGAAGAGCCAAGAAAUCUACAACCUGCACUCAGUGUGGAAAGAGUUUCACAAAGAAAUCUUGUCUAGAGCUUCACAUGAGAGUUCAUACUGGAGAGAAGCCGUUCUCAUGUGAUCAGUGUGGAAAGAGCUUCUCAAACAAAAAAUAUCUUAAGCUUCACAUGAGAGUUCAUACAGGAGAGAAGCCGUUCACAUGUGAUCAAUGUGGGAAGAGUUUCAAUCAAUCAUCACACCUUAAAUUGCACUCAGGGAUCCACUCCGAAGAAAAGCCAUUCACAUGUGAUCAGUGUGGGAAGAGUUUCUUAGACAAACAAUAUCUUAAGAUUCACACGAGAGUUCACACUGGAGAGAAGCCGCAUGUAUGCAAUCAAUGUGGGAAGAGUUUCAGUCAGUCAUCAACCCUUAAUGUUCACAUGAGGAUCCACACUGGAGAGAAGCCGUUCACAUGUCAUGAAUGCGGCAAAACAUUUCUCAGUGCAUCAAACCUGAAGAGACAUCUGAGAGUUCAUACGAAGGAGAAGCCACAUUCAUGUUCUGUGUGUGGAAAGAGUUUUUCACUGCUGUGUAGUUUAAAGGAACAUCAGAAAACACACACUGGUGUGAGAGAGUACAUGUGCUUUGAGUGUGAGAAGACUUUUAUUACAGGGAGUGAUUUAAAACUGCAUGAGAGGAUUCACACUGGAGAAAAACCUUACAAGUGUUCACACUGUGGACAAGAGAUUCAGUCGGUCAGCAAAUCUGAAAAGACAUGAGAGGAUCCACACUGGAGAAAAACCUUACAAGUGUUCACACU